UCCAUACAAAUCUCUCUCCUCUACAAACAUAUAAACACACUACACUUCUUCCUCACCCUAUUCGAACACUUUUUCCUUAAGGUAGCAUCUCUCUCGCUCUCUCUAGAUAUCUCUCUCUCCUCACGUACAAGCAAGUUUUGAGAGAGCAAGUUUAUCGAAAUGGAGAGGCUAAACGCGAAGUUGUACCUGCAAAACUGUUAUAUAGUAAAGGAGAAUGAAAGGUUGAGGAAGAAAGCUGAAAUCCUGAAUCAGGAGAAUCAACAGCUUCUCAUUGAACUCAACCAGAAGCUCUCCAAAACCAAGGACCCUAAUGAAUCAAAGCAAGGAAGCAGCAACCUCUCUUCGUCAAGUUCUGCUUCUGGACAAUCCUGAUGCAGUAAAACUCUUAGGACAAGUAUUGGAUUUGGUAUACUGAAAAAAUUAUCAUGACCCUGCUCAGUUAGAAGAACCCAUCUCUUCGUAGUUCCUUUGUAUUGGUGUAAUGUAAGAAAAUAAUCAAAAGUUAGUGGGCAGUAGGAGUAUUAUUAUUAUUUGAACUUGUGGGUUCUUCUAAAUUAUUUCUACUACUAAAAGGACAGAAGCAUAUAUUGUGUCUCUCUACUUAUCUUCUCAGGGAUAUUUUACAUUUGUUUCCAUUCAUAUAUUAAUUAGAUUUCUU